GUGAAUAUUGGGAGCGGAAGUACUUCAAAUCGUAGAACGAACAUUUUAGGAAACCCUGGAUUUACAAUCAGUUUUAAAUGGCACAAGAGCUCAAUGGAUUUGUGUGCAAUGGUCUGCCUUCUUCACCCGAUGAAAACGAAUUGCCUUCUGGCUUUCCACAAAAUAUUUGUGAUGAUGUACCUGAGGAGAAGUACCUGUGCAGCUUUUGUAAAAAUAUCUUGAGGAAAGCAUGCCAAACAUUGUGUGGACAUCGUUACUGCUGGGCAUGUGUCGAGUGGAUUGUCAAAUAUAAUAAAACUCCAAUUUGCCAAAAAUGUAAGGAAGAUGAACCUCCAAGUAUAAAUGAAGAUAGCAUUUUGGCCUUGGGAAAGAUUUUCACUGAUGCUGCAGUAUCUAAGGAGAUUUUAGAUUUGAAAGUACAUUGUAUCAAUCUUGGAUGUACCUGGAAAAACAUAUUGAAGAACUAUGAGGAUCACAUAACACAGUGCGAAUUUUCCCUGAUCCCUUGUAGUACAGGUUGUGGAUCAAUGAUUUUAAGGAGGAAACUGGCAGAUCAUUUGGAAAAAGAGUGUAAAAACAAUAUGACAGAAUGUCAACAGUGUGGUGUAAAGAUGUUUUUGAAAGAUUUGCAGAUGCAUGCCUGUGAGGAAGCUUUUGCUAAUGAGAAGAAAACAUUUAAAGGUGAAUCAGCCAAUAAAGAAAAGUUUCGGCCUCCUGGAGGAAACCGUACCCGUGACAGCUGUCGUUUUGCAGAAUUGGGAUGCAAUUUCAAGGGUGGCAAAGAACGUCUCAAAGAUCACGAGAACUCUUCAGUUGUUGCACAUCUUGCCUCAGUAUUUCAAUUUGUCAAUACUUUGAAAACCACCUUUCUGCAGAAUUCCAGCAUUGCUAAUGGUUGCAGUGAUCAUUCAUCAAUGAUUUCUCUCUCAUCAAUGAUUACUGAAUUACAGUUCAAAAUCCAGCAGUUAGACAAGGAUGUGCUGUCUUUGUCCUCCUCAGAUUCUUUAGCCUCUUUGCACACCCAGGUUGCCGUGGAAUCUAAUGGUGACUUAGAAACUGAUCAUUUUGAAGGACCUUCCUGUUCUAGUGAGUUUUCAGACUUGCAGACAGUCAGUUAUCCUGGUCAGACUUUGUCAGAGUGUCGAAAUAAAGUUGAUGCUCUUGAACUGAAAAUUCAGACAUUUGAAAAUAUUGUGACUGUUUUGAACAGAGAAGUAGAAAAAACCCAAGCUACUAUGGCUGCAUUUGAGAGACAAAACAAGAUUGACCAGGAUGCCAUCAGAGCCUUGGAGCGAAAGGUUUCCGAUCAACAGCAUCUCCUUACUUUGAAAGACGUGAUCAUCAAUGAAUUCCGUUUGCAAAUACUUGCCUUGGAACAAACUUCUUAUGAGGGAAUAUUGAUGUGGAAAAUUACUGAUGUCAAUAGAAAACGCCAGGAAGCCAUUUCAGGCAAAGUAACAAACUUCUCCUCUCCAGCAUUCUACACUAGCAAAUAUGGGUAUAAAGUGUGUUUAAGAAUUUAUUUAAAUGGAGAUGGAUCAGGCCGAGGAACACACAUCUCUUUGUUCUUUGUUGUAAUGAGGGGUGAAUAUGAUGCUUUGCUUCAUUGGCCGUUUAAACAAAAGGUCACCUUCAUGCUUCUGGACCAGAACAACAGGGAACAUUUAAUAGAUGCCUUUCGUCCAGAUGUUAAUUCUUCCUCAUUUCAAAGACCAGUAAAGGAGAUGAAUAUUGCAAGUGGCUGUCCAAUGUUUAUCCCACUGGCUAAACUUGACGCUCCCAAACAGACCUAUGUGAAGGAUGACACCUUAUUCAUUAAAUGUAUUAUAGAUGCUGCUACGUAAUUAGGAGGAGUGCUGGAACUCUGCAAAAAAAAAAGGAAAUCACAAUAUUUCUACAUUGUUUUGUGUUUCUAGAAAAUGAGAUACCCAUUCUGUACUUAGGAAAUAGUAGCAACUACAGCAAAAUAUCCCUCUGUUUAAAUAGCUUUGUAAUCUUUCCUUCUUUUAUAAGUGACUGUGGUCAAUAGUACAACCAGAUAUGUAAAUAUUUCUUUCAACUUUAGAGAUCAGAAAUCAAAAUAAUUGGAUUUCCAAAUUGUGCAUCUGUAACUGUGCGUUUUCAGCAACGCUAAAUAGGGAACACUUUAUGACACACAUUCUUGCUAUUGUUUGCUUGAAGAUAAAAACCAUUAGAAUCCCUACAGUGUAGAAGCAGGCCAUUCAGCCCAUCUGAAGAUCAUCUCGCCUAGAUUUACCCUAUCUCUGUAACCCUACAUUUCCCAUGGUCAAUCCACCCAACUUCCACAUCUUUGGAUGUGAGAGAUAUCCAAAACGUCUGGAGGAAGUCCACGCAAACUCUGAGAGAAUGUGCAAGCUCCAUACAGACACUUGCCUGAGGGUGGAAUCAAACCCAGGUCCCUGGUGUUAUGAGGCAACAGUGCUAACCACUGAGGGACUGUGCCGCUCCAAGAUUAGCAUCUAAAAGGCAUUCAUUACUUUGUCCUCCGGUAUUGCUGAUUAGCUGUUUUGUGCCAUUUUAAUUUGUCCAUGAGUGAGUCUGCAUUCUCCACCGCUAUGCUGUGUUUAUGUAUAUUGAUCAAGAUUAUGAGCAUAAAUUUAGAGA